GAUCCUGCAGGUGGACCUGGAGGUGGACAGCUUCCUGGGUCCGCUGGGCAGUAGGUCCAUAAGCUGGCAGGUGGAGUACCCAGGCACCCGUGUCCUCACCGAGGAGGCAGAGACCGAAAUCCACCUGGCACAGAAGGAUCUGGGAGGCAUAGUUCCGCUGGCAAUGGACACAGAGAUCCUCAACACGGCAGUGCUGACUGGAAAGACUGUGGCAGUGCCAGUGAAGGUGGUGACCGUGGGGGCAGAUGGCACAGUAACCGACGUGUCUGAAUCCGUGGAAUGCCAUUCGGCAGAUGAAGAUGUAAUCAAGGUGUCAGACAGGUGCGACUAUGUGUUUGUGAACGGGAAGGAGAUGAGGGGGAAGGUGAAGAUGGCGGUGAACUUCACCUACAGCUACCUGAGUGCCCAGCUGGAGAUGACAGUGUGGAUCCCCCGCCUCCCCCUGCAGAUGGAGGUGUCCGACUCCGAGCUCAGCCAGAUCAAGGGCUGGAGGGUGCCCAUCGUGGCCAGCAAUCAAAGGUCUGCGCGGGACAGUGAGGAUGAUGAUGACGAAGACCGGCGAGGGCGGGGCUGCACGUUGCAGUACCAGAACGCCAUGGUCCGCAUUCUCACGCACUUUGUGGCCGAGCCCACCGAUCCACGCGGUCAGAUGACCUUCAUGCUUGGCAGUGAUUGGCAGGUGGACAUCACUGAGCUGGUGUGGGACUUUGUAAAGGUGGAGGAUUCACACAUCGCCCAGCUGCAGGACAGCAGGGUGCUGGUGGGGCUGGAUGUCGGGAUGACCACCAUCCAGGUGAUGUCCCCUCUGUCAGACUCUAUCCUGGCUGAGAAGACGGUGACGGUGCUGGAUGACAAAGUGACCAUCACAGAGCUGGGCGUGCAGCUGGUUUCUGGGCUCUCCCUCUCCCUGCAGCUCAGCCCAGGAAGUAACAGGGCCAUCGUUGCCACGGCUACCACGCAGGAAGUGCUGCAAAGCCCCAAACAGGAGGCCCUAAUUAGUGCCUGGCUGCAGUUCAGCGAUGGCUCCAUGGCUCCUCUGGACCUGUACAGCCCAGACUUCUUCGUGCUGACCGCCACCUCCCUGGACGAAGAGGUGGUGACCGUGCAGCAGGAUCCUGCAUGGAAGUGGCCAGUCAUUGUGACCGAAGCGGAGGGCCAGGGCAUGCUGGUCAGGGUGGAGAUGACUGUCUGUGAGCCCUGCCAGAAGUCCAAGCGACGGAGCGUGCUGGCUGCCGGGAAUGGCAACAUCCGCGUCAAGUUCGGCCAAAGCGACGGGUCCUCCAGAGCCGGCGUCAGCGACUACGGGCCUGAGGGCGAGGAGCUGGAGAACCACGCCAGCGACCGCAGGCAGCGACCGCACCUGCAGGACCGAACGGGGCUGGACAACCAUUACUAUGGCAGCUCCAUCUCCGACAUGGAGGACGGGGUCAUGCGUCGGAUCACCACCACCACCAAGACCGCGAUUGUCAGGAGGCCCAAUGGCGACAAGCUCUCAGACGACGGCGGGCAGAUCCAGAGCAUCCCCAUCGACUUCUCUGACUUUCCUGCGCAGGUAGACCUCCCGCGUGGCCGCAACAUGGAGGACGACCUGGUGCAGACCCCCCGCGGGCUGACGGACCUGGAGAUUGGCAUGUACGCCCUGCUGGGUGUCUUCUGCCUGGCCAUCCUGGUGUUCCUCAUCAACUGCAUCUCCUACGCCCUGAAAUAUCGGCAUAAGGAGCUGUCGUUGGAAGGGCAGGAGGCCAUGAACCACGCCCAUGACUGGGUGUGGCUGGGAAACGAGGCAGAGCUUCUGGAAGGCCAGGGCAGCCUCUCUCCGCAGCAGGACGAGCACACCACCAUGAUGGACUCCAGCGCAGGCUUCGAGGAGGGCAGCCACCUGCUGAACGGGGGCCAGAAGAACGUCCAGGGUCAGGUUCACCGGUCGGCUGAUGCCAUCUGUCCAGGAAAGGAACACAAAGGUGAUUCUCCGACCACAAAGAGGAAGCGUGUAAAGUUCACCACGUUCACCACCAUCCCCCCAGACAAUGGCUGCCCGUCCAUCAAUCCCCACAUCCUGGGGCACAGUGAAGACAUUAAAUGGGUUUGCCAGGACAUCGAACUUGGGGAUUCCAAAGAGCUUCGGAACUACAUGGAAAGAUUGAAUGACAAUGCUUUAAAGGAUGUUGCAUAAUGCAUUUGGUGGACCAAUGGAUAAGUCACCCUUAUGCCUUUCAGAGUGAGGAGAUGGACCUGAACAGUUAUGCUAAAACUGAAGUUAAUGGUACCUCAUCAUGACAACAAGAUGAAACUUUCAGUGUGACUUGUUGCCAUGGGAACUGCCAAAGGGCCAUUCAUCAUGACUUAAGGAAAGAAGUGAAAAUGAAAAAAAUUCCAAUGAAUCUACCAUGGAAAAACACAAACCUGAAUAUAGGAAAUGUGAAAUGAUUUUGGACAUUUGGUUUUGUCGUUUGUUUUCAUUUGUUUAUUAAUAUGUUGUUUUCUUCUAAUCCUCAUUGCAGAUGUGUUUUUAAAUUCAAAUCACAGUUUUCUUUUUUAUAUAUAUACACGUACUGUAUAUAUAUGGAUUUAAUUUUUGGUCCUUGUGUAGUUUACAUCAGAUCUCCACAUUCCCCACUUCUGCAUACGCAUAAAGUAUGUGAAACAAUAUGCAGAUGAUGACUUGUAGAUUUAAGAAUGUAAUAUUGCUAAAUAUUCAAGUUGUAAAUAAAGUGCGCCUAGAAUCGUU